GUGGGCAAUAUAUUGAUAAGACGUACCACGAAAUCAACGAAAACAACUUUUCUUUGUUUAUAAAUCCGCACACGCCUAUCAACAAACAUAAGUGGAAAAAGAAGACAACAACAUCGCGCCAUAUGCGCAAAAACAACAGUAAUUAAUCUAAUACAGUUACUUGCAGUUUGAGUUCAAGUUACAGUUACAAUAAUAACAAAAACAGCUUUAGAGGUCAUUUAAGUUUCGGAUCAUUGUACAUAUUUAAAUAUAAUUUAUUGUUCAAUUAUUCGUGGAGGUGAUUCACGUUGUUUGUGACAAUAAUAAUACCAUAAAUACUUUUAUCAGUGGUUCAAUUUCAAUUGAGCCUCGGUGACCAUCAUUAAGGGGAACAGUCAUCAUAUCAUAUUUUACUGCACUGCAAGCACAAUUAAAGCAAUGAAGCACAUCACAUUUUUCGGACUGCUGCUCUUUGUAGCAUUAAUCAGCGGUGGCCAUUGUUUUUGGCCAUUUAGCAAAAAGGGCAAAGACCCUCCACCGCCGCCUCCGCCACCCAAGGAACAUCAACUAUCGCCUGUUAUUUUUGUGCCUGGCGAUGGUGGAUCUCAAGUCGAAGCACGUCUUAAUAAAAGCGAUGCCCCCUAUUUUGUAUGCGAGAAACAACAUGAUUGGUAUAACUUGUGGCUGGACCUAGAGCAGUUGGUCAUACCCAUGGUCUACUGUUGGAUUGACAAUGUGAAGCUCUACUACGAUAAGAUAACGCGUACAACGCACAAUACUCCCGGCGUGGAGACGCGCAUACCCGGCUGGGGAGAUCCCGAGGUUGUGGAAUGGAUUGAUCCCACGCAUAAUAGUGCUGGUGCCUACUUUAAGGAUAUUGCCAAUGUCCUCGUACAGCUGGGUUACGUACGACGUCACAACAUACUAGGAGCACCUUAUGAUUUUCGUCGAGCGCCAAAUGAAAACGCUCAGUUCUUUAUCGAUCUCAAGCAACUGGUAGAGGAUGCUUAUGAGGCUAGCAAUAAAACACCAGUUACCUUCAUCACCCACAGCAUGGGAAGCCCAAUGACCCUUGUCUUCCUACAGGAGCAAACGAUGGAGUGGAAAGCGCAAUAUGUGAGGCGACAAAUUAGCUUAGCUGGUGCCUGGGCAGGCAGCUUUAAGGCUAUCAAGGUUUUUGCCAUGGGCGAUGACCUCGAUUCGUUUGCAUUGAGCGCCAAGAUUCUGCGCGCCGAACAAAUCUCACAUCCCUCGACAGCUUGGUUAUUGCCAUCUCCGCUCUUCUGGAAGCCUUCAGAGGUGAUUGCGAUGACGCCAUCAAGGAAUUAUACGAUGGCACAGUUGCAGCAGUUCUUCACCGAUAUUGAUUACCAGACGGGCUGGGAAAUGCGCAAGGAUACGAUUCGCUACUCACAGAACUUUAGUCCGCCUGAUGUGGAGGUGCAUUGUAUCUAUGGUGAUGGUGUCAGCACUGUGGAGAGAUUGCAGUACAAAAAGGACAGCAUUGCGGGGGAAACCCCAAAGCUUAUUAUGGGUAUUGGCGAUGGCACCGUCAAUCAGCGCUCGCUGCGCGCUUGUCAACAUUGGUCGGGCCUGACAAGUUCGCCCGUUUCGACGCUGGCUCUCCAAGGUGUGGAUCACAUGGGCAUUUUGGCUAACAAAGAUAUGCUGCAAUAUGUGCGCACUGUGAUGCAACAGCCAUAAUUUAUCGAUCAACUACAAAAGCCGCUAGAAUCCAAUACAGCUCAAUUUGUUCCAUACCGAAUGUUCUUCAAGGCAACUACUUUGUGUUUGUGCUUAUGUCGUCAAUUAACUACUGGUGUUUGCCUAAAAAAAACCAAUUUAAAUGUUAAUGUUAGAAGAAACACUUGACGUAAAAAAUAUAAAUAAAUAUCUUAUCUUAAAAUAA